AUGCGCGUCUUGCUGCCGCCGUCAGUCGCCUCGAACCCAAAGUUUGUCCGGCAGCUCCACGAGGCGCAGCGGAUGCAGCAGGAGCUCCUCCGGUCUGAUCCACCGCUCACCACCAGUUUGGCUCGCCACCUCGAGCUGCUGCCCGAGAGCGUGCACGCAGAGGCGAGGCGGCUGGGUGCGCUGUUGGCAGAGGUACUCGGCCUGCCUCCGGACGCGCCGCUCGAGCAGCUCCACCGCGCCAUCGACGGCUUCUCCCCAGCAAGGCGGGCGCACGAUCGCGUCAUGAGCUCCAAGCGAAGACUGUGCGCACCGCUCGCCGACGCAGCGCAGGCGGCGCUGCUGCAAGGGGCCUAUGACCGGCUCAUCUGUGAGACAAUCGCACCCUUCGUUGCGAACCGUUCGCCCGGCCUUGAGCGACUGCACUACGCAACCUUCCCGACGCUGCGCGUGCAGACGCCUUCGUCGUCGGUCGCCACGAUCCGACCACACCUGGACGGCAUGUACGGCCUGGAGCCCGGUAGCCUCAACGUCUGGCUGCCUCUCACCGAGGUCCGGGAGGUUUCCGCGCUGUGGGUGGAGCAGUCGGUCGGGACGAGCGACUUUCGGCCGAUCCGGCGGCCGACGCUCUUUGACGGCCGACGAAGCGUUCACUUCACGGUGCCGAACCGCUCGCGACUCACGAGAGUAUCGCUCGACUUUCGGCUAGUGCCUGGCAGCUGCUUUGACGAGGAGUCGCGACUCGCCCGGCAGGGAUACUACUCGACAGCCAGCGUCGACAGACACACCUCACGGUGGGUCAAGACAUCCCACGGCCGGGUGUCGGAGCUGCACGGGCUGCCCCACACAGCAAAGCCGCGAAUUACGGCCGCAGCCUGUGUAUCUUGA